AUGAGGAUUUCACUGAAGGACGAGAAGUUCUUCAGGAGCAUGCUGGGUAUAUUUGUCAAUAGGGGAGACAUCACAUUUGGGAUAAGACAAGGAGCGGUGUGUGCUUUCUCAUAUGGGCAGAGCAACUUUUAUCUGACGAUGAGUGAUGACGUGAUCACGAUUGAUGGGGACAACUUGACAUUUACUGUAAGAGCAAGGCAUUUACUCGAGGGCAUGGACGGUUUGAACAAAUUUGAUCUUGUUAUUGAGGAAGAGGUUAGGCUUAUUGAUGGGGGAAAUACUAUAUUCAUUCCCUUUGUAACUACAAUAGAAGAAGAAUAUGAAGAGCCUGACGUAUCUAUUUCGAAGCUUAUUGUAAGCUCUGAGAGCCUAGAGGCGUUUGGAAUAUUGAAGGGGAUAGUAACAUAUGAGGUUGAAGACGAUAAGCUAUUUAUUAGAAGAGCUGCAGCUGAUAUGCUUGAGGAGGUUGAGUUUUUUGCGGUUGACUUCAUUGUGGCAGGAGAUAUGCAGUUCAGAUGCAACAACAAGUGGACAGAGAUUCUAACGGGAAUCAAGGGAUAUAUUGACAGAGUAAUGCUUACGUUUAGCUCGGAUACCUUGUGUGUCCAGUUUCUAUUCAAAAGGAGCUCCAAGAGCUAUCUCGAACUAAGGAUUUUGCGGUCCCUUGCAGAGUGA